CAUAACAUAUACUCUCAACUACUUACAUCAUCAUCAUGGCAACCGAAACAUCUCACCUCAACACACGCAUCCCCUCAUCCUCCAACCCCCUCCUGUUUCUCCGCACCAUCCAGCCCUCCGAUGCCUCAGCCUUCGCCUCCAUUCUCUCUUCCCCAUCAAACAGAACCGACCCUCAUGGCAAGGACAUGGACAUUGCAACAGCAGAGGCAGCCAUCUCCCGCAUGCGAGAAUCAGCAAGUCAGCCCACCAUCGUCGACGCUCAGGGAAAUGUCACCAGCGGACCAGACCGCGUGAACAUGAUGCUGGUGCUCAAAUCAGAAGAGAACAGUCAUGAAGAGACCGUAAUAGGGCUGGGAGGUUUCGGGGCGAUUAAAAACUGGGAACGAGAGGGGCGCAAGAUUCGAGCGGGAGAUGUAGGCGUCAUGAUGGACCCGGCAUAUAAACGCCGCGGCUACGGCAUUGAAGCUAUGAGAAUGGCAAUAAGCUGGGCUUUUAGUGCAGCCAGUGAGGGAGGGCCUCAGCUAGAUCUAGUGACUAUCACGACGUUGGAGGAUAAUGCCUCGAUGCUGAAGCUCGUGGACGAGAAGCUUGGGCUGGGGGGAAAGGGGAUCGCAAGACCGGCGGAGUUUGAUGAGAAUAAGCAGGAGAUCUACUAUGAACUGCGGAAAGAAGAUUGGGAAAAUAUUAACAAAAACUAAUAUACACAGAG